AUGGACGAGAAUCAAGUUGCCUCCCCCAAUGACCCCCUCAUUCCAAAAGACAACGAACGCUCUCGACGUCAUAAACAUCAAAAACGACUAUUAUUUGCGCUCGGGUCAACGACUUUGACUUUUCUAGUGAUAAGCUGCAUUGUCCUUUUCUUUGUCAGCAAAAACUCGGCGACAGACCCUUCUGGAUACCAUGGCCAUAUUGUUUCUGGCAAAACAGGCGCUGUAGCUGUUGAAGCAGAAGAGUGUUCCCAUACUGGUAUUGAAAUUUUGAAACAAGGCGGCAAUGCUGUUGAUGCAGCGAUUGCUUCUGGUCUUUGUAUUGGUGUCAUUGAUAGCUUUGCUACAGGCAUUGGCGGCGGUGGAUUCAUGCUGAUUCGCUCACCCAAUGGUACCUAUGAGCAUAUUGAUUUCCGUGAAACAGCCCCUGCUGCUGCUCACAAGGACAUGUUUGUCGAGAACCCUGAAUUGGCAAAAUAUGGUGGUUUGGCCGUAGCUGUCCCUGGUGAAAUUCGAGGAUAUGAGCUUGCUCAUCAAAGACAUGGCAAGUUACCAUGGAGUGUGCUCUUUGAGCCUGCCAUCCGGAUAUCAAGAGAAGGUUUUAAAUGUACUUCAUUGCUCCAAGAAAGACUCAAGAAAGCCGAGCCGUGGUUGAUGGAGAUGCCUGAAUGGCGCGAAAUCUUUGCCCCGAAUGGACAUCUGGCCAAAGCAGGUGACUUGAUCCGUCGUCCUAAUCUUGCCAAUACGUUGGAGACCAUUGCCAAAGAGGGAGCAGAUGCAUUUUACAAGGGAGAAAUUGCACAUCAUCUUGUGAAUGCAACACGAGCUGCAGGUGGUAUCAUGACAUUGGAAGAUAUGGCGUCGUACAAGCCCCAGAUUCGUGCUUCCAUUUCCACUUACUAUCAUGGUCGCAAAGUUGUCAGCUGCUCCACACCCACGAGUGGUCCCCUUAUUAUUGCCGCACUCAACAUCCUUGAACGUUUUAAUCUUCGUCUCCAUGGAUACACCGGUCUCGAUUUACAUCGCAUUAUUGAAACAUUGAAACAUGGCUUUUCAUUCCGUACCGAAUUUGGUGACCCUGAUUACAUUCAUAAUCAAGAGCGCAUGGAGGAGAUUAUUACCAAAGAAUGGGCUUCACGCAUUCGUCAAAACAUUUCAGAUCAUACCACCUAUCCCCCACUUUACUAUCAUCCCCGAUAUGACCAUAUCGAAUCACAUGGGACAAUGCACUUGUCCGUGGUGGAUGGUGAUGAUGGGGCAGUUGCUUUGACGUCUACAGUCAAUUUGUUGUUUGGUGCCCGCUUCAUGGAUCCUGUCACGGGUGUCAUUUUGAAUGAUGAAAUGGAUGAUUUCUCUAUUCCUGGUAAACCCAAUGCAUUUGGACUCUAUCCCAGCGAAUACAACUACGUUGCACCUGGCAAACGACCCUUAUCAUCCAUAACACCCGUCAUUAUUGAAAGCGAUGGCAAGUUUGAAUUAGCCGUGGGUGGAUCGGGUGGAUCCUUGAUUCCUACCGCUACUUUGAAUGUGAUUUUGAACGUGAUUGACUUUGAGAAGGAUCUUUACAGUGCUGUGAAUGCUCCUAGAUACCAUCAUCAAUUGUUGCCCAAUGCCGUUGUAAUGGAACCUGAUUUUAGUGGUGUUUUAGAGCAAGAUUUGAUUCGUCGUGGACAUGAGGUAUUCCAUUUAAACACAUCACAACGCAUUUCAGCUGUACAAGCAGUGAUGCGUUUGCCUGAUCAAACCGUGCACGGUGUGAGUGACCCACGUAAACUCGGUAUUGCUGCUGCUUAUUAA